AUGGCUACAGCUCAUGGAAGCAGAGAUGAUGAAGAAAGCCUACGAGCCAAAAUAUCGGAACAUUUUGUCAGCUGUCCAUUAUGCCUUGAGGAGUACAAAGAUCUGACAGAUUUACCAUGUAGGCAUACAUUUUGUAAGGGUUGUCUGAAGGACUAUAUUACUGACUUAACACCAGGAAGUAAAUUCAGGUGUCCCAUGUGUCAAAAAGAAACUGAAGUUCCUAAAGAUGGACUUGAGGGCUUCACUCACAAUUUCUUCAUUGAAAGCUUGCAGGACACUGUACUUCAGUCACCACAUAAGAAAAAAUGUAACUUUUGUGCAUUGUCUUUUAACACUGAAACAGCAGCUACUUCAAAAUGUAUCACCUGCCAUGACUACCUAUGUGAGAAGUGUUCCCCAUUACACUGUGGUACCAAGUUCACAAAAGACCAUAAAGUGUUCACUUUCCAACAGCUGCAGAGCAAAGAGUACCAAAAAGAGAUACAAGAGCAGCAAAAGAUUUUCUGCCCAGAGCACAAAGAUGAGAGGAUAAGAUACUUUUGUUCAGACUGUAAUGACCCCAUUUGUCGUGACUGCAGAGAUCUACACCAUGAUGGUCACAAACUUCUCUCCCUUGAAAAAGCUGCAGAGAUUGUGAAACUGAAACUUCAGACCAAAUCUCUUGGCAUGCAGAGAAAACUUGCAACUGGUGAAAGAAAGUUGGUUAAAAUUGAUAAAACGAUGGCAUCUCUCCAAGAAAAUGAAAACUGUGUUCAGCGGCAGAUAAAAGCUCGUGCAGCUCACCUACGUCAACUGGUAGACCAACAAGAGAAGACCUUAUUACAGGAGCUUCAUCAAACCACCAGCACUCACAGAAAUAAUUUACAAAUUUCCCAUAAGAACUGCAGUGCCACUUGCUCCUCCAUCAAGACCACAACAGAAAUAGUAAAGAACAUCCUUCAGCAUGGUGCCCCCAUAGAUGUCCUCAUGUUACAACACCAACUUGGACAGAGACUAGAUGAGCUACAGUCCACUUCAUCUGUGGAAGAAAUGCCUGAAGAAGUAAAUUUCACAUUUUCCACCAACACAGAAGUGGACCAAGAGAUAUCCAGUGGGGCUGGCCUGGGGAAUGUGCAGAUAUCUAGCCAACCAGCUUUGCCCAAGAUCAAACCAAAGGCUGAAUGUAAGCUGCAGUUUGACACUGGCAGGGCAACAGUGUACAUUUCAGUGAGUCCAAACAGGGAGAAUAUUACUAUACAUAACAUGGAUAAUGAGGUCAAGGUGUUUAGUUCAGAUGGUACAUUUAUGAAGAAGAUCACCCGUGUCUCAGACACACAGCUGAAAUGUCCAAGAGGGAUCUGUCACCUCCCUGAUGGAAGGAUGGUUCUAUCUGAUAUACGCAAUAACAAACUGUUCAUCCUGUCACCACAAUGGGAAGUACAGCAAACUGUAGAUGUCAACAUCCCAUUGGGUGUGGCUCUCAAUAACAGCUGCACUAAGAUUGCUGUGGCACAGGGUGGCAGAGAAAAGUCUGUGAGUGUGUUCAGUAUUGACAUCAAAGGGAAAAUAACUUUAACUGAUGUGAUAAAGGACAAAGAUGGGGAACAGUUGUUCAAUUUACCACAUGAAGUGGCAUAUAUGAGCAAUGGGUGCCUUGUUGUUUGUAAUAUAUCACCAAACAAACUUCACAUCCUAACCCCAUCUGGUGACCCACUGUAUCAGUACACAGGACCUGAUAACAAGUUAGGUACAUCUCAUGGUGUCUGUGUUGAUGCCUAUGACAACAUACUGGUUACAGACUGUAAUAACCAGUGCAUACACCUUGUAUCCCCAGAUGGGAAGUUCAUCCAGUACAUAGCAACUGAAGCUGAUGGACUAGAAUACCCAUGGGGAUGUACCAUCAACCAGGAUGGACAUCUGGCUGUGACUGAAGUUCUUGGGAAAGUGAAAGUAUUCCAAUACUUGGAAAAAUGACAUGGUUUAAAAUGAUCAGAAACUGAAUAACGUGUGUUUUUCUGGUGCAUUUCUACUACUAUAGCAGUGAUUUUAUGGCUGAAUUACAUUUCAUAAACCUAUUUAUAAUCAAUUCAUGCCAAAGUUUGGUGAUAAUAAUAUUUAACUAUUUUAUCCUUAGUGAGAAAAUAUAGAACAUAAGACUAAGUGAUCACGACCUGGCAAUAGAAAGGGGCUGAUAUACAAACCCUACAACUUGAGAGAAAAUGUAAAGCUUGCAACUGCAUAGAGAAUGAAAAACACUUCCCCGCGGAAUGUACAAGAUACACUGUUGAGAGGCAAUGAAUGUAUGAUGAACUCUUGAAAAUCAGUGUAGUGGGUCUAGAGGACAGUAGUCAGGUAUUGUCAAUUCUCCUUAAUCCACCCUGUGAAAAAAAGCCUCAAAGUAAUAGCAGAAUUUGUAAAGACUGCUGUUAAAAUACACAGUUUACCUGCAAUUUAGUAGAUCACAGCCACUAAUUGUCGAUAGUGCUGUGAAUAGCUUAUAGCAUAACAUGCAUUAACAUAUGCAAUUUAGCAUACUAUAUAUGUACAC